UCUCUCUCUAAAUCGAAACGCGUAGGACGCAAUAAUUUCUAGAAUCGUUGAUCCGAGUCGAUUAGCGUAAUGAAAUUGACGUAGUUUUCGAUGAACGCGGCCGACAUGCGGAUUCAGGAAUUAUCGACUCAUUGAAAUUCGACGAACGGAAACGUCCGUCGUAAUCGUCCUCGAUCGUAGCUUGCGAUCUCAGCAGAGUCGAUUAAACGAAGAUAACACAUUCGCAUGCGUGUACGAUAUUUACGGAAUCACGUAGAGGAACAUUGGUGGAUAUAUAAUAGCUAUUUGUUUUCAUAAACAUUUGCCGUAUCGUUCUAUGUUUGCCAUGUCGAAACAAAAGGAAUAAGCAAUUCUAUUGCAUUCUAAUAAAGUGUUGCUUAAUUGCAACGACAAAUUUAUUUCUUACGCAAGCCAUUGAGUAUCGAUUGAAAGUAACGCCCUUGAAAAGUACGAAACUCUGUCAAAUUGAGAAACGUUAUAAUAAUAUAUUAUCGGAUCGGUAAUUAAAUCGGAUCAGCUGUACGGAAACGAUAAAUCCAUGUAACCUAGUCAAUUACGUAUUCUAUAACUAUAACUAUGAGUUCUCUCGAGCGUAUACCUUCUCUCUAGGAGACGUUUAAGUGAUUUUCGAGUGAAAGCCUUCGCCGUAAUUUACCCUAUUGUUCUUCGAAUCGUCCUUUCCACGUUGCUCUCGCAAGCUUCCAUCGUUUAACCUAUGUAUAUGCAAAUAAGUAUACGCGACAACGCGUCAUUUCGCCUUUCUACGUUAGACUCGACGACCAUCCCCGGUAGAUGAUUUAUGAUAUCGAAGGAAAUUCGUUAGGAGCGUAAUGGGAUAAGCGCGAUGGGGGAAAGAAAAUAAACAAAUGAGAUUAAUAUCAUCAGGAAUCGAUCUCCUUUCCCUCCCUUCGCGUUCGCGUUCGUCUUCGCGUUCGGCUUAUGAUCGGACGUAAAAUAUUUUCGCAAAAGUGGAUCAAGCGUAUCGAACGUAUUCAGAGAUAAGAACGACGCGCGAGAUCGUUUUCCAAAGCACGUCCUUGCAAGUAGAUGAUUACAUUGAAAUUGCGAAAUUCCUCGAGAUUUACGUCGUUGCGAUCGACGAUCAGAAAUAAAAAUAAUAAAAAGAUAAAAAGACGUAACCUCGCUCGUGUUCCUAACGCGAUUACGAUUUCACAUACGCGAGCGAUAAAAAAGGAAGAAAAAAAAAAAGAAAAAAGAAAAAGAAAAGAAAAGAAAAGGAAUAUUUAAAGAGAUCACGUUGAGAAGAGACGGGGAAGGAGUUGUUAUCUAAAUUGCUCUCCGUCCGUCGCUGCUCCCGUCGAUCUUUAUCUUUAACAAUCUCGAGUAUAAGAUAACAUUAAAUAAUUUCAAACAUAAAAAAUUCCAAGGCGCGCUGUGCGGUAUCGGGCGAGGAUAAAAGUAUAAUUCUACUCGGUAUGGAAUAAUCGUUUUCUCGACGAUGAUAAAUCAUACGAGAUAAAAUAAAAAGAUAAGAUUGGCAAGUCGAACGCUACCCCACCUGAAAUGUCUAAUUAGGCAAUGGGCAACCGAGUGGAGCUGCGAAGGGAGCUGCAAACUUCCGAAAGACCACGACGUGCGGCGACUUUCAACGAUCGCAGCCAGCUGAAGUAUGCUCGCCGAUUGGUCGUCAAACUCGGAAGCGCGGUGAUCACGAGAGAGGACGAGCACGGUCUGGCCCUUGGUCGUUUAGCCUCCAUCGUCGAGCAAGUGGCCGAGUGCCAGAACGAAGGUCGAGAAUGCAUCAUGGUGACUAGCGGAGCCGUUGCCUUCGGCAAGCAAAAACUCACGCAAGAGCUGCUCAUGUCUUUGUCGAUGCGAGAGACACUUAGUCCGGCAGACCAUACGCGUGAACAUGCCGGAACACUUUUGGAACCUAGAGCGGCAGCGGCCGUAGGCCAGUCCGGGCUUAUGUCUCUCUACGAUGCCAUGUUCGCUCAAUACGGCGUGAAGCUGGCACAGGUGUUGGUAACGAAGCCUGACUUUUACAACGAGGAGACCAGAAAGAACCUGUUUAGCACGUUGAGCGAAUUGAUCAGUCUAAACAUAGUGCCAAUCAUCAAUACCAACGACGCGGUCUCGCCACCGCCUCACGUUGACGAGGAAGUAGCUGGCGGAGGUGGAAGAAGAGGAAUAUCCAUAAAGGACAACGACUCUUUGGCUGCGAUGUUGGCGGCAGAGGUCCAGGCCGAUCUACUCAUUUUGAUGAGCGACGUCGACGGUAUAUACAAUCUUCCCCCGUGGCAGGAUGGCGCCAAGAUGUUGCAUACCUUUAGUUCGGACUUGAGGGGUACGAUAAAGUUUGGACAAAAGUCUAAAGUCGGUACAGGUGGUAUGGAUUCGAAAGUAAACGCUGCCCUAUGGGCUCUGGACCGUGGGGUCUCGGUCGUUAUUUGCAAUGGCACUCAAGAGAAGGCAAUCAAGAGCAUCAUGUCGGGUAGGAAGAUAGGCACGUUCUUCACGGAGACCACCGGCUCCUCGAUGCCCGUCGAGGUCGUCGCCGAGAAUGCACGCGUUGCCAGUAGAACGUUGCAAGCACUCCGACCGGACGAACGAGCUAACUGCAUCAACGUUCUGGCUGAUUUAUUGGAGACCCGACAGAAAGAGAUCCUAGAGGCAAACGGUAAGGACCUUGAGGCUGCGAGCAAGACCGGUCUUGCGAAACCUUUGCUCUCGCGAUUAUCCCUUUCCUCCGCUAAAUUGAAAUCUUUGAGCGCGGGUCUACGGCAAAUAGCGGAAGACUCUUUGGAGAACGUUGGCCGUGUCUUGAGAAGGACCAAAUUGGCCGAAGGAUUGGAACUUAAACAGAUAACCGUGCCGAUCGGUGUCCUUCUCGUUAUAUUCGAAUCGCGACCCGACAGCUUGCCGCAGGUAGCAGCACUUGCUAUAUCCAGUGCCAACGGACUCCUCCUGAAGGGCGGAAAAGAAGCUACCAACAGUAACAAGUAUCUGAUGGAAUUGGUGAAGGAAGCGCUCGGUACGGUGGGUGCCUCCAACGCGAUAUCUCUCGUAUCGACGAGAGAGGACGUAAGCGACCUAUUGUCGAUGGAAAAGCACAUCGACCUGAUUAUUCCACGCGGUAGUUCUGAUCUCGUACGUACCAUCCAAGAACAGUCGAAGCAUAUACCGGUACUCGGUCAUGCCGAGGGUAUCUGUCACGUUUACGUCGAUAAACAGGCCGAUCUGGAUAAGGCCCUCAAAAUUGUGAGAGACUCGAAGUGCGAUUAUCCGGCAGCUUGCAACGCCAUGGAAACGUUGCUAAUCCACGAGAGCCACAUGAACGGGUCCUUCUUUACGGACGUUUGUAACAUGCUGCAAAAGGAGGGCGUGAAGAUCUACUCGGGGCCAAAGCUAAGGGAAUUAUUGACGUUCGGACCGCCUGCCGCGAAGAGCAUGAGAACCGAGUACGGUUCCCUCGAGUGUACGAUCGAGGUCGUCUCCGAUAUCGAAGAUGCUAUAACUCAUAUCUACAAGUACGGGAGCGCGCAUACGGACGUCAUCGUUACGGAGAAUAACGAGAGGGCGGUUCACUUUCAAAGAGAGGUCGACAGCGCUUGCGUAUUUCAUAACGCGAGCACCAGAUUUUCCGACGGUUAUAGAUUCGGCCUUGGUGCUGAGGUUGGCAUUUCAACGGCUCGAAUUCACGCACGUGGCCCGGUAGGAGUAGACGGUCUCUUGACAACGAAAUGGAUUUUGCACGGAGACGGACACGCUGCUGCGGACUUUGCCGAAGGCGGCGACAAGAGUUGGUUGCAUCAAUCGUUGCCUUUGAACGAGUAUAAAUGAAUCGAGUACGACGGAGUACGACGAAGUACGAAGCUCGAGCGUAAACGUUGUCAAUUAUUUUAAAACGAUACGUGAUCGAUAAAAACAAUCAUUUACUAUC